GAAAAACAUAAGCAGGAAUUAGAAGACAUGAGAAAAGCUGGACAUGAAGCCUUGAGUAUUAUUGUUGAAGAAUUCAAGGCACUGCUACAAUCUACAGUUCAACAGCAAGAAGCAGCUAUUGAAAAACAGUACAUACUAGCAAUUGAAAAACAUUCUCACAAAUGUGAAGAACUUCUUAAUGCUCAGCAUCAGCGACUUCUUGAUAUUUUGGAAGCAGAGAAGGAAGUGUUAUCAGGAAAGAUAGAAGAAGCUUUGAUGCAGCAGUCACAAAAACACAAGGAAGUGCUUGACAAAUGUUUGGAUGAAGAAAGGCAAAGAAGUAAGGAGGCUGUGGCAGCUGCUGCAAAGGCUGAAAAAGAAGUAGUGCAGGAGGCUGUUCUGAAAGCAGUAGAGGAGGAGAGGAGAAACAUGGAGAAGAUUCAUGCAGAAGAAAGAAAAAUGUGGGAAGCAGAACGUGACAGACAUAAAGAGAAGAUUGCUCAGGCUGUUUGUGAAGCCAUGCAAGAGCAAAGAAAGCAUAAUCAAGAGAUUGUCAAGGAAGCAUUAAUGGAGGAGCAAAAACGAAGUGAAAAGGCAAUAGAAGAAGCAGUGAAAAGGACAAGAGAGGAACUGAUGGAAUAUAUUAAAGAACAGAAAAGG